CUUUCUAAUAAGUCGCUAUACUUGUAGAACUUGUUCUUACUUCACCGCGCUUAAAAAUGAGUAAAAAUGAAAGUUGCAUUGCAAUAAGGUGAAUGCUGGUGACUAUAGCAUGCGACGGCAUUCAGUCAGUCUCGUUGAAAUAAUUUACUUUAUUUGCAUUCACUAUGUAUUAUAAAUAUGUAGAUAAAGAAAUUAUAUGACAGUAGAUAUUGAUUGUCAGGUGUCAGAAAUUACUUUGAGACUUGGGAUAAUGUCACACAACUAAGACUGUAAUAAGGAAAUCAUUUAUUUAAUCAUGUUGGCAUGUAAAUUCUCUCAAGUAUUAUUACAGAAAAGUUCACUGAAACAAAUCCAAUCACAAAUUACAUGACAAAAACAUUGUUGGCUAAAAGUACUAUCUCAUAAAAUACUCAUAGGUUAUAAAAACUGGUAUAUCAAACAUUUCAUAAAAUGCAGGAAUAUAUGCACUUAUGGAAAGGUGUUGAUAAAGUAUCAUACACUUUUGGUGAUAAGCCAAAUGGCAUUAUUUGCAAAUUGGUUACUAUCAAAGAUCGUAUUUUUGUAAUGACUACCUCAAACAACUUAUAUCAUGGAGAAGUAUCAUUUAUGGAAAACAGUCCUCCAACAAUAAUUUUCAAAAGAGCUCAAUUUGAUGUAUUUGACGUGGCAUCCAAUUCGGAGCAUUUAUUUAUUGUAGAUAAUAACGGAUAUGUUCUGAAAAUAAAUCCUCAGGACAUGAGUAUAAUAGAUAUAAUAAUUCUGAAAAAAGAAAUUAAAUGUUGUAGUCAUGGAUAUAGAGAAGAAAAUGAAGUUCUUAAAAUAAAAUCAAUAGCUGUCAAUGAUCAGACAGCAUUAUUUGUAACAGAAGAAGGACAACUUUGGGCUACUGGAAAUCAGUUGCAGAUAGAUAUUAAUAGCACAGAGCCUAAAAAAGUUAAAUUUUUUGAAGGUAGAACUGUAUCCACUGUUUCGUGUGGUUCUAAUUUUAAUGUAGUCGCUGUAAGAAGAACACCAAAAACUAUGAAAGAUGAUACUGAUAGUGAAAAUGAUGUGGAAGAUGUUUUUGUUAAUUCAUGCCCACAAUGUCUUAAUACUGUAUUAAUAAGUCCUACAAGUGUGACAUCAUCGGAUACCUGUCCAGUUGGACUUCAUGCGCAACAUUUCAGCGAAGACCGCUCAAGCACUUCCACUAGUGCUUUAUCAAUUGCCAGUAAAGAAUAUGAUCCUGUGUCUCCUUCUGAAAUUACUAAAGCAGAACAUACAUCUAAGAUAAGCGGAAAUGGAGAACAGUGUUCUAACAAUACUACAAAUUCUGAUAAAGAGGAGAAGAAAAGUGUUAUUUUUAUAAACACAGAAGCUGCAAGACAGUUUCUAACUAGGCAACUGUCAUGGGUUUCUUCAUAUGGAAGUGUUAAAGAGGAUAUACCCCUAGAAAGUAUCGAAAAACCAACAAGAUUAAUCAAGCAAAAUGUAUCCAAUGUAGCUAGUUUGGUAUAUGAAGGUGUAAAAACUGUGGGUGGUAAAGUUGUUACAUUAUCUAGACAUAUGAGUGGAAGUUCAGACAUUAAUGAAUUAAAAAUUGACAGUAAUGAACAUAUAAAAGAACAAGAGGAAGAAUGCUCAGGUCCUGGUGCCACUAGUUUGGCUCUAAGUUUGCGCUGCGAAGAAUUUCCAUGGUCAUCAAGUACUGGUUCUUCAGAGCAUGAGUUAUCGCAACAGGGCUUAAAUGAAAGAAUUAAUAUGUUAACACGUACUGGCAGCAAUAUUUUGUCAACUGAACUAUGGACAUGGGGUGAUGUUGAAUUUGGACAGCUAGGAACAGGAGAUACCAUUAAACGCUCACGACCUGUUUUGGUUGCAAAACUUAGUAAUGCUGGACUUAGAAAAAUUGUAUGCGGUGCAUUUCACAUACUUGCCUUAACACUAGAUGGAAGGGUCUUUGCUUGGGGAAGAAAUAGCAGUAAACAAGUGACAUUAGAAUCGGAUACUCAUCAAAGUGCACCUAAAUUGUUUUCCACUAACUUGUCUACAAACGAGAGGGCUAAAGAUAUAGCAGCUGGUAGUUUCCAUAGUUUAAUAAUGAUGCAUCAUGGUUUAUAUUUUAUUGGAAAGUCAAGUAAAACUGGAGACAUGUUUCACCUUAAUAUCGAAAUGAGUAAUGAAUGCAGUAUAACUCAAAUUCUUAGUUCUGGAGAAUAUAGUUGUUGUUCAAUAAUAAAUGAACCUGUAAUAAAUAUAUCCGAAGAUUUAAUAAGUGAUCAAAUUUUUUUGGAAGAAAUAUUGAUUAUUUAUCAAAAUUUAAUUAAACCGUUUCAAAAAAAGGGUGGCGCUACGCAAGAAUCUAAUGUUUAUGAAACACUGUGUAGAUGUUAUACAGAAUUGUUAAGUUUCAGUGUAUUAAAUGUUAUUAGUUUGUGGAAUUACUUCAAUCACAUUGGCGAGGCAUAUGAAGUGGUAGUUAUUGCUAAUGUUGAAGAAUACAUUACUGUAUACAAAUAUUACUUAAAUGCAAUAUGUGAUGUUAUUUCUUUAAGUGGAUUUACAUAUAUCGCAAAAAUAAUUGAAAUACCGCGAAUAAUAACAAAUUUAUUUGUUGACAAAUUAAAAGGUACAGAAAAUAAGAAAUUUGCCAAUGAAAUUAUUACUACUAUGGCAUUACAGUAUCCAUUACAUAAAUUAAAUAGGUACAAAAAUAUGAUUUUAAAUUUAAUAAAGUGUAAUGGUACAAGAAUGGGUAUAGAACGAUUACAAGAAGCUCUAGUGAAAUGGGAACAAUUAUGUUUGGAACAAGAGAAACUACAAAAAGAUGCUGAAGCAACAAAAUUGUUCUGGGAAAAUUCUGGCAAAUUAGGAGAAGUUUUAAGGUCUCCUAAUAGAAGACUUAUAAGAGAAUCGCGAACACAUCCUAUAGCAAUACUUAAUUCUGGAUUAUUUUCUACUCAUUGGUUUGUCUUAUUAACUGAUAUAUUUAUUCAUGUUACUGGAACUUCUCAUACAGUUCAUCCACUUCAAACUUUAUGGGUAGAGGCUUUAUCAGAUUCUGAAACAGUACAAAAUGCUAUAUCCAUAAUAACACCAGAAGAUACAUUUGUGUUGUAUACUCCAACAGUCUGUGAGCGUAAUGAAUGGUUACAUGCUUUGCAGAAUGCUAUUAAAUGUAGUUUGCAUAGAGUUGUUGGACAUGUACUACCAAUAGUACGCUCUAGUUCCUUUAGUUUUACGAAGCACUCUAUUUUCAAAGAUGCAAAAUACACUGGGCGUUGGCUAUACGGAAAACCACAUGGCUUUGGAAAAUUAGAAUGGUCUGAUGGUCGCAUAUAUAGAGGCCAGUUUCAUAAAGGUGUUUUACAUGGUACUGGAAAAUUAGAAAUUCCAUUACAGAGUACAUAUGAAGGGCAAUGGAAAGAUGGUCAACAAACUGGAUAUGGAACAUUGAAAUACAAUAAUGGAGACUUUUACGAAGGAUAUUUUAAAGAUGGAUUACCACAUGGUCAUGGAGUUAAAACAGAAGGUUAUUUUAUGACAUCUGUAGCAUCUGUUUACAUUGGAGAAUGGGUAGCAGGUGUCAAGCAAGGCUACGGAAUUAUGGAUGAUAUUAUAGCAGGUGAAAAAUAUUUAGGAUCUUGGAGUAAUAAUAUGAAACAUGGUUGUGGGUUAAUUGUAACAUUAGAUGGUAUUUACUAUGAAGGAGUUUUUAUGCAGGACGUUUUAACGGGUCAUGGAAUCAUGGUAUUUGAAGAUGGUACUCACUAUGAAGGUGAAUUCAAAUCAGCUGGUAUCUUUUAUGGAAAAGGUACAUUAACAUUCCGAACUGGUGAUCGAUUGGAAGGAAAUAUGAAUGGAGUAUGGGAUGAGGGUAUAAAAGUUAUUGCAACAUUACAUAUGAAUAAUGCUACUGAAAAUGUGCAAACCAAUACAAAACCAAUGUCAUUUGGAAAGUUAUGUGUAUCGCCAGAUCAAAAAUGGAAAGCCAUAUUUAAACAUUGUUAUCAGCAACUUGGUAUACUUGAUCCAGAUUCGAAAGCUACGAAUGUAGCAGAUAAACGUCUAGAAACGCAACGUGCAUGGCAAAAUAUUGCUAGCAUUAUAACUAAAUUCCGCCAAAAAACAUUACAUCGAAAAUGUGUCUCGAUUCAUACACCGAUUACCAACGAAACGAAUAUAGAAAUUACCGAUGAACUAGAUAAAAUUUUUAAUUUUGACAAAGAAAAAUUGACUGAUAAAUCCUACAAUGAUAUUCAUAAAUAUUUGGUUAAAGCAUUUGAAUGUCCACAUCAUCCGUUAGGUAUUUUGUUAACAGAAGUUUCUGCUGUAUACACAGCUACGUAUGGUGGUGUAAGAGUUCAUCCUUUGUUACUCACUCAUGCUAUAUCUGAACUUCAUAGUAUUACAACAAGAAUAUAUGAAAUAGUUACUUUAUUGUUUCCCAUAUUACCAUCUAAUGGAGAAGAGUAUGUAUUGGAAACAGAAAAUGGAGAAGAAGGGCAAGUUAUAAGUACUACUGCGAUAAUGCAUCCAAUAAUAUUACCUCGCGUGCAUUCUGUACUUUUUGUACUAUAUGCUCUACAUAAUACAAAAGAAGAUGAUGCCUAUUGGGAAAGACUGAUGAAAUGGAACAAGCAAUCAGACACAACACUAAUGGCAUUUCUGGAUAUUGACCAAAAAUUUUGGAAGAAUGCAAAUAUGAUGAAGCUAAACGAAAACAGGUUACAGUAUCAAAAUGAAUCAUAUUUUAAUGAUGCAAUAGAAACUUUGCAACAAUUGAAAACGACAUUCUCCCCAUUAGAAAAAUUAUUGGUGAUUAGAAAUACAUUUGAACAAAUGACCCAAGCAGUACAAAAACAGUUGGAUUCCACAUAUUUAUGGACAAUGGACGAAUUAUUUCCUGUUUUUUGUUUUGUCGUCGUACGAGCUAGGAUAUUACAAUUAGGCAGUGAAAUACAGUUUAUAGAAGAUUUUAUGGAACCUUCUUUGCAAAGUGGAGAACUUGGUAUUAUGUUUACCACUUUUAAGGCAAGUUACUAUCAAAUACUGCAAGAAAAAGUUAAUGUAGGUGACUAAAAAUAUAAAAACUCAUAAUUUUAUAUAUAAAUAAAAGGAAUACAUUCUAAUAACUUCUAGAACGAUAAAUUAUUAAAAAAUAAAUACAAGCAAAUAAAAUUCAGCAAGCCAUAAAAAAGUACCUUAAAAAUUAAUGUUAUUAAGUUACAAAAACAAUGUAAUUUAAGGAAGUGUAUGAAAUCUGAUAAAAAUGAUUAUUAAUUUUAAUUAGUAUAAAUGCAACUGGACAUUACAGUGCAAGUAGUAAAAUUGUGUACCUACCACAUUAUAAUAUAAUUAUCCAUAAUGUUAUAAAUGUACAGUAUAUAUAAAAUUAAGUCAUUGAUCCAUUAACUUGGUUCUACUACUUUUUAUCUAAGAGGCUUAAAUAUUUAUUUAUUUAUUUAUAUUAACUAUACAUAAUUUUCCCAGAUAUAUUAUGUACAAAUUAAAACUUUAUAUUGUAAUCAAAUGUAUUUUAUAUUUUAAUGUAAUUUUUAAUUUCACUGUAUAUUGUGUUAAUUUUCAU